CGCACCUGUACACACUGCUGCUCCGCCUGUAGUGCCGCUACGUUCAUCCCACGUGUGUUUUACAUAUAUACGUGCUGAUAUUUGUGAGACAUAAGCGAUAAUGAUAUAUAACGCAUACUUUGAGUAACGUAGCCGCAGUGUUCCUUCCCAGUGUAUACCUGAGCUACGGCCGCGUAUUCUUCCGCCCGGGUUAGAAUUCUACACGUGCCCCUGCCCUCUCACUCCGCGCUAUUGCUAUAGUGACGGCGGCUGGUGAGAUGAUGAGAGUUGAAGCGGCCCUGGCCAUGUACCUCAGCCUGCGCUGUGCCCUGGCACUCCGGGUGUACACCAACAGCUGGGCCGUGCAGGUGCGCGGGGGCCCGGAGGAGCCGGAGAGGAUAGCUAGGAAACUUGGCUUUACCAGCAUGGGACAGGUAAUACUUGGCAGCAAUUAUUAUCAUUUUCAGCACCGCGGAAUACGAAGAAAAUCCUUUACUCCUCAUUGGAGCUGGCGUAUCAAGUUGCAAAAGGAACCUGGGGUACACUGGUUCGAGCAGCAAACGCUGAAGAAAAGGAAUAAAAGACAGCUUAGUUUGUUGCCCACAGAUCCCUUGUUCCGUAAACAGUGGUACAUGAACAAUGAUGUCAAUCCUGACUUGAACUUGCUGACAGCUUGGGGUCACGGCUUCACAGGACAAGGUGUGGUGGUGACAAUCCUUGAUGAUGGCCUUGAAAAAGAUCACCCAGAUCUGGCAGCAAAUUUUGAUCCUAUGGCAAGCUAUGACUUCAAUAAUAAUGACCCUGAUCCACAGCCCCGAUACGAUCCAUCUAAUGAGAACCGCCAUGGAACGCGUUGUGCUGGGGUAGUGGCUUCAGUCACUUAUAAUGAUGUCUGUGGUGCAGGAAUUGCUUACAAUGCAAGGAUAGGAGGUGUGCGGAUGCUUGAUGGAAUGAUCACUGAUGUUAUAGAAGCUCGGUCACUAAGCCUAAACUCGCAGCAUAUUCAAAUCUACAGUGCCAGCUGGGGACCGGAAGAUGACGGCAAAACUGUGGAUGGCCCAGGCAUAUUAGCCAUGGAGGCUUUUUAUAGAGGGAUUGUACAUGGACGGGGUGGCCUUGGUUCAAUUUUUGUUUGGGCCUCUGGAAAUGGUGGCAUGCACUAUGAUGACUGUAACUGCGAUGGCUACAGCAAUAGCAUCUACACUGUGUCUGUUGGCAGCACCACAGAGCACGGAGAGGUCCCAUGGUACAGUGAGGCUUGUGCUUCUACACUCACUACCACCUUCAGUAGCAACACCAGAAAGGGCAGACAAAUUGUCACCACUGAUAUACACCACCGCUGCACAGAACACCAUACUGGGACAUCAGCAUCUGCGCCACAAGCAGUUGGAAUAAUUGCUCUCGCACUGGAAGCAAACCCUGCACUAACUUGGAGGGAUGUGCAGCACAUUGUGGUGCGUGCCUCAAGUCCUGCUAAUCUGAUUGCCAAUGACUGGGUUACAAAUGGAGUGGGAAGAAAAGUUAGUCACCAUUAUGGCUAUGGACUUCUGGAUGCUGGACGAGUGGUGGAUCUAGCCCAGAAGUGGGUAACAACACACCCUCAGAGGAGGUGUUUGAUCAGUUUUGUGACCAGUCCUCAGCAAGUGUCCUCAAGUCUUGUAUUAAGUCAGAACAUCAGUUCAUGCACUGGGACACCCAACUAUGUCUUGUCCUUGGAGCAUGUCCAGGCCCAAAUCUCUCUCAGCUAUACCCGUAGGGGUGAUCUUGAAAUCUACCUCACCAGUCCCAUGGGCACUCGUACUGUGCUGGUUGCAUUGAGGCCUUAUGACACCAGCAUAAAAGGGUAUAGCAACUGGACUUUCAUGAGCACACACACCUGGGAUGAAAAUCCACAAGGAAUGUGGACCCUGGAACUGGUGAACAAGGGGAAUUACAAGAACAAUGGACUAUUGUAUAGUUUUGUGCUCCUUCUGUAUGGAACCGAUGAAGUCUUGAUGGCUAGAAAAAUACUGCAGCCUGUGCUAAGUAAAUGUUUAACUUCUGAUCUUAAUGGAACAUGCCUGGAGUGUGAAAGACCAUUUUAUGCCUUUGGACGCCUCUGCCUUUCCUAUUGUCCUCCAAAAUACUUCAAAACCUUACAGCAAGUAAAGACAACAGCGAAAGAGCCACCGAUCUCUCGCACUGCUGUAGCCUGUGCCUCUUGUCACCCUUCCUGCUAUACCUGCAGGGGCCACUCUGCCAAUAACUGCACUGUCUGCCCACCUUUUGCUACGUAUGAUGUACAGGAGCAUUCCUGCUCACAACCUCACUUUCCAAGGACAGAUCUCAGUACUGGUGGCUCAAUGAAAGUCACCCAAAUUGUAAUAGUGGUUGCCAUGGUUAUAGGGAUGGCUGUAUUUCUUCCCUGCCUUAUUUGUUCCCUCUACUGGCUCCUGAAGAGAACUGUGUCCAGACAUUCCAUUCCGAAGACAUCUCAUUCACCUGUAGUUGAAAUGUCCAGUUUACACCCAGUGAAUGAGGAUGAGGAAGCUGCCGAGGUAGCACACAGAUUUCUCUCAUCUACCAAGAGUGAUGGGGAAACUAGCCCCAAGGAUCUACCUUGAGAGAAACUACUGUAACUGGGUUUUAACAUGAAUGAGGUUCACAUUAGUUGGCUGUGGGAUUUGAUUUUGGCUAAUACUGCAUCUACUCACAUGGUGAACCGUGGGAUAUACACUGUAAUGUUACAUUUAUGUAAAACACCAUGCAUCAGUUUCAAGAGCCAUACAAUUAAAGGUUGCAAUUAAUUGUAGCCCAAUAAGAAAUAGAAAUAAAGCUGCAGCACGUA